GGCGGAGUCGGCGCGUCUGCCCGGGCCGCCCCCACGGGCGUCAGAGGGAGGCGGGCGCCCCGCGCGGGGACGGCGACGCCCGCGGCCCCGGGAGCGCUCUGCUCGCCACCGCCUGAGAGGCCGGUGACCUCUGCCGCCCCGCCUCGGAGGCUCAGAUGGCUCAGGCGAAGAUCAACGCCAAAGCCAACGAGGGGCGCUUCUGCCGCUCCUCCUCCAUGGCCGACCGCUCCAGCCGCCUGCUGGAGAGUCUAGACCAGCUGGAGCUCAGGGUUGAAGCUUUAAGAGAAGCAGCAACUGCUGUUGAGCAAGAGAAAGAAAUCCUCUUGGAAAUGAUCCACAGUAUCCAAAAUAGCCAGGACAUGAGGCAGAUCAGUGACGGAGAAAGAGAAGAAUUAAAUCUGACUGCAAACCGUUUGAUGGGACGAACCCUCACCGUUGAAGUUUCAGUAGAAACAAUUAGAAAUCCCCAACAGCAAGAAUCCCUAAAGCAUGCCACAAGGAUUAUAGAUGAGGUGGUCAAUAAGUUUCUGGAUGAUUUGGGAAAUGCCAAGAAUCAUUUAAUGUCACUCUACAGUGCAUGUUUGUCUGAGGUACCACCUGGGCCUGUUGAUCAAAAAUUUCAAUCCAUAGUAAUUGGCUGUGCUCUUGAAGAUCAGAAGAAAAUUAAGAGAAGAUUAGAGACUUUGCUUAGAAAUAUUGAAAAUUCUGACAAGGCCAUCAAGUUAUUGGAGCAUUCUAAAGGAGCUGGUUCUAAAACUCUGCAACAAAAUGCUGAAAGCAAAUUUAAGUAGUCUUGAAACCUAAGGGUACCUACAAAUGAUGACAUAAAAAUAAUAAGAUGCUAUUUUAGUUCUUUGUCAGGUAUAACCACUUACUUGAUACAGUUGUUUCAGAUGAGGAAAAUACUCCAGUGUUAACAUUUUUUGCAAAUAAUAAUUAAAAUUUAAAGUAUUUUAAUUAUCUAGAAGUUUUUAGAUUGAAUUCUUAUCUUGUACUAGGAUCUAGCACUAUAUAUUUUACUAUUUUAUGGAUGAAUGAAUACAUAGUAUGUAGAAAAAAAUGUAUUCAGCCGGGGUUAAAGCAUUCCUGGACUUUGUCUGGCAUGUAAACACAUAGGCACAUGAGCAUUUAGUUAGCUAGAAAUUCCUUACCCUAACAGUACACACGUGCAUGCAUGUACACACACACCCCACAUACACACACGCAGUACACUCAAGUACUAAAUACUGUGCUUAGAGGGAUAAAAGGAAUCACAACAUAAGGACCUUUACCUGCAUUUACAUGAUUAUUUUGUUUUUAAGAUUUGUGCAUCUCACGGUAUGAAUGUAUUUUGUAUAUACAUGGCAGCGUGAGAAAAAGCAGCUUUAAUUUUGCAACAGUUGAACAAUUAUAUAUCCACUUGAUCUCUCAAAUGCAUUAGUUGUCUAAAAUUUCAGUGUUGAAUCUUGCCUUUUAUUUUUUUCUUCCUUUAAGCCACUAUAAAGGCUGCUUAAUUGUAGUUUCAAAAGCUCUAUUUUGUGUAGUGGUCCAACUUGUUGCUAUUACUGCAACUUAACUAAGCUUUAUCCUUUGUUUCUGAUUUUUGUACAAAUUCUCAGCAGGUGGAUUUAUUGGGUCAAAGGGUAUAUAGAUUUUCAUGGCCUAACAUAUUUAUAAAUUGAGAACUUUUAUACAAAGAAUUCAGAAAUAUGUCUGUCUUCAGCAAUUAAAGUAUAGUUAUUUCACUGAAAUUCUAGCAUUGAGCCUUAAAUUUUUUGUAGACUUAAAACACCUGAAUUUAAUUUGCAUCUUGCUUACUAACAAGGCUGAUUAAUGUAUUGAUCCUUUUAUAAAUGAAGUAUAGCACAACUUUGUUAAAAUUAACUAGUGCUUUUCCCCAAAUACUGUGAAACAAAUACUUCAAUUUCUAUUAGAACAUAGGUAAUCACAAAAAAUAUUCAGAUUGAUUUUAUAUAUCUAUAUUCCUCAGUGCAAACAACAUUGAGCAGAAUUUUCUGUACAAAAGAUGCCAAGUUAGUUGCGGGUAGGGGUUAAAAAAAAAAAAAGAUGCCAAGUUAGAUAUACUCAGGACAUUCAUAGUUGAUCUUUGCCAGCCCUAACUCUGCUCAUUUAAGUCUUUCUAUUUUGGGGAAAUGUUAAUUCUAUCUGUGGCAAUAGUUCUUGGUUUGUAAAUGGAUUCUGAGUUGCUGUCAUCAGGUUGCACAGAUGAAAAAAAAAAUUGUACCACCUUGUUUUUUAGCAGCUUUUUGAAAAUUAAGAAUGGGAUGAUCAAGUUUU